AUGUUUUUUGGGAGCAUGGAAGUGUUUGUAAUUAAUUCAUAUAUCAUAUAUAAAAUUAAUUCAUAUAUCAUAUAUAAAAUUGUAAAAAAAAAACAAAACAAGAAACUAUUAACAUACUUGAAAUAUGUCGAACUGACUAAUAAUUUUCGACAAGAUCUAGAGUUAAAUAGGAAAUUUCAUGAAAUGUGCAAAGCUAAAAAAAGAGAUUCUGUUGUUUGCUCCAACAGACAAAAGAUAGGUGAAAGACAUGAAACCAGUGAAUACUGCAAUACAUGUCUUGAUAAACCAAGAAUAUACCUUGGGGAUUAUUUUUCAAAAUACCAUAAAAUGAAGAAAUUCGAAACAUAA